AUGCGCACAGGGCUCUCAGACAGCCUUGACCACAUUGACGACUCUCGCAAGACCGCCAUCAUCGACCAUGAGCUCGACCGACUCAAUAGCGCAGAAGAGACCCGAGAACAUGGCGAUGGCUUUGCAGUGAAAAACACCCUGAUUGCCACAACUGUACCACCAACAGGAGGCUCCGAACGCAUCCUUGCCAUCCGUAUAUCCACCAGCAGUGGACCAGCCAAUCUGUUGAGCGUUUACGCCCCAACCCUCUGCUCUCCCCCUGAGUCAAAAGACAAGUUCUAUGAGGAGCUUGACACUGCCAUCAGCACCAUCCCAAAGAACGAGCACCUGUUCCUCCUGGGGGACUUCAAUGCUAGGGUUGGCGCCGACCACGAAUCCUGGCCAGACUGCCUUGGACACUUUGGAGUGGGGAGUAUGAACGAGAAUGGGCAGAGACUGCUAGAGUUGUGCUGCUAUCAUCAGCUCUGCAUCACCAACACCUUUUUCCAGACUAAGCCAUUGCACAGGGUCUCCUGGAGACACCCAAGAUCCAAACGCUGGCACCAGCUCGACCUCAUCAUCACGAGACGAGAGACACUCAACUUUGUCCACUUCACCCGCACUUUUCAUAGCGCGGACUGUGACACGGACCACUCCCUCGUCCUCAGUAAGGUCAAGCUACAGCCCAGGCAGAUCCACCAUGCCAAGCAGAAGGCACGUCCCCGCAUCAACGCCAGCCGCUCCAUAAAUCCAACUGUCACCCAGCUCUUCCUCACCUCACUUGAUCAAGCACUCUCCUCCUCCAAUCAGCAAAGUGCUGUGGACAAGUGGAACUGCCUGCGUGACACCAUUUAUGACCAAGCCCUCGCAGCAUAUGACAAGAAAGUGAGGAAAAAUGCAGACUGGUUUGAGGCCAAUGGAGCGGAGAUGGAGCCAGUUAUCGAGGUCAAGCGCACCGCCUUCCUCAAGUACAAAGAUAAUCCAUCGACGAGGAACCUUGAGGCUCUUAGAAAAGCUAGGGGCAAGGCCCAGCAAACAGCACGACGCUGCGCAAACAACUACUGGCUCAAACUCUCCUCCCGCAUACAAGCCGCUUCCGACGCAGGUGACAUCAGGGGUAUGUACGAGGGGAUCAAGCAAGCCACAGGUCCCUCCAUCAAAAAAACAGCGCCUCUGAAAUCCAAGUCCGGUGAAGUCAUCACCGACAGCAGCAAACAGAUGGAAAGGUGGGCUGAGCACUACAUGGAGUUAUAUGCCACAGAAAACACAGUGUCAGAGGAGGCUCUGAAUGGCAUCGCAAACAUGCCUGUGAUGGAGGAACUUGACACGGACCCCACGCAAGAGGAGCUCAGCAAAGCCAUUGACAGCCUCGCUUGCGGCAAGGCCCCAGGUGCUGAUGGGAUAACACCUGACAUCAUCCAACUUGGGAAACCAACCCUUUUGCCACAUCUUCACGACUUCCUCUGCCUUUGCUGGAAUGAAGGAGCCGUCCCCCAGGACAUGCGUGACGCCAAAAUCGUCACCCUGUACAAGAACAAGGGCGACCGCAGCGACUGUAACAACUACCGCGGCAUCUCUCUGCUCAGCACUGUGGGGAAGGUCUUCGCACGCGUUGCCCUUAUCAGGCUCCAGCUUCUGGCGGAGCGCGUCUACCCUGAGACACAGUGUGGCUUCAGGGCAGCAAGAUCCACGGUGGACAUGAUCUUCACCCUUCGACAACUGCAGGAGAAAUGCCGUGAACAGAGGAGACCUUUGUAUCUCGCUUUCGUCGACCUCACAAAGGCCUUCGACCUUGUUAGCAGAGAUGGUCUCUUCAAGCUGCUUGCUAAGAUUGGUUGCCCUCCAAAACUUCUCAGCAUCGUGACAUCAUUUUACAACAACAUGCAGGGUUCAGUCUGUUGUGAUGGAGAAACUUCAGAGGCCUUCCCAAUCCGCAGCGGAGUGAAGCAGGGCUGUGUUCUUGCACCGACCCUCUUCGGGAUUUUCUUCUCUCUCCUGCUGUCGUUUGCAUUUGGCUCAUCCCCUGAAGGCGUCUACCUACCCUCAAGAGCUGAUGGCAAACUCUUCAACCUUGCCCGCCUUAGGUCCAAGACGAAAGUGACCAGUGUACUCCUGAGGGAAAUGCUAUUUGCAGAUGAUGCAUCUCUAGCAUCACACACAGAGACAGGGCUCCAGCAGUUGGUGGACAGGCUCUCUUAUGCAUGCAAGGAGUUCGCCCUUACCAUCAGCAUUAAGAAGACCCAUGUCAUGGGCCAAGAAGUCGAAACCCCACCCUCCAUCUCUAUUGACAACAAGACCCUAGACUGUGUGGGCACCUUCACUUACCUCGGAUCAACAGUCGCCAGCAACCUGUCACUUGACGCAGAAUUGAGCACCCGUCUUGCCAGGGCCGCCACAGUGAUGGCCAGGCUGGCAAAGAGAGUGUGGUCUAACAAGAACCUAACUGUGCGCACAAAACUCCAGGUCUACCAAGCAUGCGUCAUCAGCACUCUGCUAUACAGCAGUGAGGCCUGGACCACCUACACCAGACAAGAAAAACGGCUGAACAGCUUCCACCUGCGCUGCCUACGCCGCAUCCUUGGCAUCAAAUGGCAGGACAAAGUCCCCAACACGGAAGUCUUGGAACGUGCCCACUCCACCAGCAUGUUCGCCAUGUUGAGCCAGCGCCGCCUCAGAUGGCUCGGUCACGUCCACAGGAUGGACUCCGGUCGUCUUCCAAGGGCCAUCCUGUAUGGCGAGCUUUCGUCAGGCUCCAGGCCAAUUGGUCGUCCGAACCUACGAUUCAAGGACGUCUGUAAACGCGACAUGAGGCAGGCUGGCAUAGACCCCAACAGCUGGGAGGAAGCCGCCCAGGAUCGCAGUGCUUGGAGGCAGACAGUUGCCGCAGGGAUCCACCGCGCUGAAGAGAGGCGCACCUCCUUGCUGCAGGAGAAGAGGCAGAGGAGGAAAUUGCGAGUAGCAGCCCCCAGCCCUGAGUCAGUCCCCUCUCCUUUCGUCUGCGCUAAUUGCGGCAGAGACUGUCAUGCAAGAAUUGGACUGCUCAGCCACAGCCGCCGCUGCAACAAAGACGACAAUCCCCCGGGCGCAGUCCAUCGUCAGUAUUGA